AAUAAGCUAUCGCGUUUGUCAUUUUAUAAAAAAUGAAAUACCUUGUAUUCAUUCUUCCCCUUUUCUUCUUCGGUAUUAUUCCGGCCACACCGAUAAGACGGACGUCAGUUAACCUUAAGAGGGAAAUAUCGCAGUGCGUCAAAGCAUGUGAAGAAACGGCGAGCAAAAUGGAGAAUGAAGCCCUUGCCUUUGAAGAACUCGACCCAAAGACCAGGAAUGCCAUUAAGAAGACAUUCAACGCAAAGACCAUGAAAAACGCGUGCUUCAGUCAUUGUGCCACCUAUAUUAGAAGAUAGAGCAGAAGUAUACCUUCAUCCAUCAACACAAAAUUAAGGAGCAUCAACUUGUGCA